CGGGCGUCCACAUCGGUGCACGUGUAUGACUGGUUCUCGCCCUGACAGGCCUGCGGCUGGCGCGGCUGCCUGGGGGCGCCGAGCUGGCCAGGGCAGCGCUGGCAGAGGUGUUGGCUGAUGGGCCAGGCCUGGGCGGGCUGCCGCAGGGCACGCUGGAGCUCGGGGUUGGCUUCUGGGCGUCGCGGGCCUUCGUGAAGCUGCGGCGGAAGUACGCCACGCGGGCGCGGGCGCGGCGCGCCUGGGACAUGGUGCGGCCGCAGCGGUACCCCAACGUGAAGCCGCUUGAGCUGUUCCCCUGCUGCCACAAGCUGAUCCGCCGUGCCACCGACUUGUUCGGCCUGGCGCCGCAACCGGCAGCGGCCUUGAACGUCAUCCUGCGGAGGUACUUGCCAGGCGACUGGCUUGGGCGGCACGUCGACGACGUGAGGAUGUUCGCGGAGCCUGUGUUCUCCACGGUGCUGGAGGUCGGGGGCCCACGGGACGGCUUGAUCUUCACGCUGCCCGAGUCAGAGCACGGGCUGGAGGCGGGGCUGAGUUUCGCUUCUGGUUGCCGUAUGCCGCUCUCCCCGUGCAUGGGCGCCUCCUUCUGCUCCUCCCCUCCCCUCGUCGUCGUGUUCGUCCACUGCUGCAGCUCUGCCUCCUCUCCCGCUGUUGGCCCUGGUUCUCCCGUGCUGGAACGUGUCCUCGCGAGCGAUCGGGAGUUGGCUACCCACUCUCCGGCCACGCUGUAUUACAGUUACACCUACGUACACCUACGUUGGUCGUUGAGACAUGUUCCUUCGCGCCGCUAUUUGACCGGUAAUAUUGUAGCAACCACAAUGCUCAUUGUUACCCCAUCCGUUGCCUGAUGCCAUGAUCCACAUGCACUGUUGUAGUGUAGUGUUCUACUAGAUGUAUGCUGACUUGCAUGGCGAUUGUCGGAUGCGUACGUUCCCG